AUAUAGUAUUUGACAACAAAAAGAGACACAACUACAUAGGGAACAACAUUAAUGAGUUGUGAAGCAUGAGUUUGCCUUUUUGUCUGUUUAUUCAUUAUGUAUUCGUUAAGCCAUAUAUAGUUAAUCCACUUUAAUCAAUUACCUCAUGAGAUUUUCAAAAACAAGCCCCCACACCCCAUGUGAUCCACCCUUUAUCUGCCCUCACCUCCUCUCUCAGUAAUUCCACCAAUUCCUCCCUCCCUCUACCUCUUUAGUGAGAGAGAGAAUGCAAAUGGGAAAACUCCUAAGAUUUCUACUAAUCUUCUCAAGCCUCUUCAUUGCCUCAGUGGCUGCUGCAGAUUGGAACAUUUUGAACCAUAAAAGGAGAAAUAAUGGGGUGGGAUCUUCUUCAAGCUUGAAGAAUUACUGUGAGAGUUGGAGGAUCAAUGUUGAGGUAAACAACAUCAGGGGAUUCGAUGUUGUGCCCCAAGAAUGCGUUGAGCACAUCAAGAAAUACAUGACAUCUUCCCAAUACAAAGCUGACUCCGAGAGGGCCAUUGAAGAGGCCAAGCUUUACCUGAGCAGCUGCUGUACUCUGAAAGGUGAUGGUAAAGAUGCAUGGAUCUUUGAUGUUGAUGACACCCUUCUGUCCACGGUGCCUUACUACAACAAACAUGGAUUUGGGGGGGAGAAGCUGAAUGCAACCUCUUUGGAAGCAUGGAUGAAAGAGAGCAAGGCACCAGCUCUUGAGCAUACAUUCAAGCUCUUCCAUGAGAUCAAAGAUAGAGGGUUUAAGAUCAUCUUGGUUUCUUCAAGAAAGGAAACACUUCGAUCUUCCACUGUUGACAACCUCAUCAAAGUUGGGUACCAUGGAUGGAAGAGUCUAAUGCUAAGGGGUCUUGAAGAUGAAUUUAUGGAAGUGCAAUGGUACAAAUCCAAGGUGAGGCAAGAGUUGGUUAAUGAAGGGUAUCGCAUUUGGUGCAUUAUUGGAGAUCAGUGGAGCAGUUUUGAGGGCCCUCCCGGCGCAGAAAGGACAUUCAAACUACCCAAUUCCAUUUACUAUCUACCAUAGAAGUCUACAGCAUGUUCAUUGAAGUAAAGCUUGUGUUCUUCUUCUGGAUUGCCUCCAACCAAUCUUAUUAUAUCUUCAUAUAUACUUGUUCAAGGCUAUGAAUAUGAAAUAUUUGCUACUUUAAUGCAA